ACCGGAUCCACAGGAAUGGAUGAAUCGCCAUCUUAUGUAUCUUAUUUCCCGAUUCAACGGGUCCUGGAUUCGUAUGCUAUCCGAUAGCCGGGAUCCUCAUAUAUAUGUGUUUUGAAAGAAUGUGGCCAGGUCGGGAAGGCUUCCAGGCUUCUGUCUCUCUUAUACGGGGUUGGGAAGAUGAGAAUGUUUAUUUCAGUAAUCGACGGCGGAUGUCCCGUAUGUGACGCAAUGACGUCAAAUGCCUCCGGCAUAGGUGCAUCUCUAGACUCUGUUAGGAUGAGCAUGGUUGCGUAAGCUAUUAAACCUGGCCCGGACUCCGUGAUUUCUUAACAAUUUAUAAUUGCAAAGUUGCGAGUGCUUUUCAUGCUGGCUUCAUCCCGGGCUAGAGAAGACGAAUAUCAUUGAAAGUCGCUAGUGACCCCUCGAGGUCGAGUGAACGGCACACUGGAAAAGAGAUUGAGAGCGGCCGAUUCCCGGGUAGGCAAUGAUACUGCUGUAAAACAUCCAAGUAGCUGGUAUGUCGGUUAAGUAUUUGUUCAUUGUAGUCCUUCCGAAUGACAUAGCUUGAGACGUAAUAUGAUCAGGUAUAUUGAUCAGGUUCCGAUAUUUUCGCCCCGUGAGAUAGAUCCAAGCGACCAUUUAACCGGGGGGUGAGGCGGACUGCUGCCCUCAAAUAGGACUUUGACACCGGAUGGAUUCUCCAUGCCGAACUUCCUCAACUACAUUAGCGCUCAAAAGCAAUCUGUCAGUUUAAACAUUCUUUUCAUGGCAAGUCCCCGGUAAGAAAAGGAAUGAACCGACUUUAGCAAACAUCUUCAAAACAAUUAUCCUUACCCCUUCCUCGCCAAUCAUAUUCCUCCUCCCCUCUGCAAGCCCGCCUACAACCACAAUUCUUAACAUCUCAAGACCACUGUCCACCCACCAAACAUCUAGCAACGUAUCAACCGUGCGCGCCCACCUACUUGCCAAAUUCGCAAUGUCAAUCUUCAACACGACCCGUCUAGCCCGCUGUAGUGCCCCUUCGGAGAUGAACAUCGUGAUAUCCACCGGCCGCCCAAGCGCCAUCGAGUAAGGCGGUGGCUCGUCUAUGACUAACUCCUGCGCAUGCAGAACAGGGAGCGCUUCAUACGUUAUCUGUCGAUUGAGCAGGAAGAUUGUUGGCGUAGUAUAGCGUGAUUCUGGAAUGGAGGGAGACGGGAGCGGACAAGCAUUAUUGCACAUGUCCCCUAACCCCAUUGAGAGGGAUGAAUGGGCGAACCAGGCUGCUUCGUCCUGUUCGCAUUCUCGACGCAGGCGGUCAAAGAGGCCGCGGAGGUUUGGCCAGCUUAGUGCUAGUGUAUAGAUUUCGUGCCGAAUCUCAGGCGGGAGAUCGAGGAAGGAUACCGGACGGCGACGCUUGGUGGUCUUCUUGACGGUCAUAGUGCCCAUUCUCCUGGUUAUUUUGAUAUCUGCUUUUGUUUCAGAGCUUCUGCUUCUCUUGUGAAAUGUAGUCAAUAUAUGGUCACAGUGGGAAGGGCCGGUAUCGGAGCUGCAGCACUUGAGUCAAUGUCAAUUCUGGGCUUCCAUUGAUUGCAGGGGAGAGGUGCUAAGAGGUAACGAUGUCCCCCCACAGCACCCUUGUUAUUGAAGCAAGAAUAUAUCCAACAUUAUAGAUGGCAUGAGGGCAAAAUCUACACUAUCUUGCUGGGUGACCUCAAUUGAGUAGCGAGCGUUAAGGGGUUGAUUCCUACAGGCAUGACGCAAUUGGGGCUAUGCGCUAAUACGGCUUAGUUUGGUUUGGUUAAGCGCGAGAUGCGAGCCUCAGGGUUAGCGGGCGCUUAUGCGUCAAACAAGCUCUGAGAGCCUCAUGAAUUCUUAUUCUGACGUACUGUUUACUCUAAUGAUUUGGUCUUCGUGUUUCUUAUAUCAUCUUCCUGAAACAUUUCUUUAUUCAUAUUUUGGUUGUUGUUACGCUUGAUUAUAAAAUGGUGGUGAUCUAUGUCUCUAGAUAGUUACCCUUUUUCUGAGAACCAAUUGUGUCACAAUUCCAUAGUUAUCAGCUAUUCUUUGAAAGAUGUACACCGAGUAUUCUCCAAUACGGAGUACAGAGUCAAACUAGCUCUGUGUAUGAUACGCCUCAAAUGGAAGCCAUCCUACAAGUAUCAAACUGAAAACUAGGUACCUCGCCGCCAAUAGAAGUGAACCCAUUCAAUGAAACGACUUCGCCUAUGAGGGGAUGGAACUUAUGGGGUAGAUCUGCACCCCUAAAAUGUUUCCAAAAUAUGACUGGCUGUCGCAGGCUUUGAACAUCAGUGAAGCCAUGAGAUUGCAAGAUCAUUCGGGCGUGCCGCCACUAAACUUGCGUCAUUGAGCACGAGGAUCGUAGGAGCAGGAGUACUCCGUUACUCGUAGUUAUGAUAUAAUAAUAACUGUAACUAAGCCAGCUGUUUGAUUCUGAUGAGUUUUGAUCGUUUUGAGUUUUGGAUGAUGCAAAAAGCGGAAACACUAUAAUCCGAAUACACAGACGUCCUGCUAUGGUUGAUCUCUCCCAGCGACAGAACCACCGACAUUGUGAUUAAGAGGGGAUACACCUAAAAUAAUUUCUAUUACAGAACCGCUAUCCAAUUCCCCAAGCAAUAUGCCGGGUACAGGAGACCACGAAACUUCGGCAGCGCCCCCCGAACCCCAGGCAAGACAUAUAGUAUACUGCGGAGUUUGCUCCCUUCCACCCGAGUAUUGCGAGUUUGGCGGGACAGCGAAGAAGUGCGAACAAUGGCUGAAAGACAAUCAUUCUGAUUUACAUCAAACGUUAUACUCUGCCGAAACCAUAACCGCAAACCUAAACACCCUCUCCAUCUCCGCCCGCGAACGCGCCGCCAAAGACGCCGCCAAAAAAGAAGCAAAAGCCGCCCUCGCCGAAUCCCGCGACCAGGAACGCAAAGCCUCCGCCAAAAUCCAAAUCCGCCGCGUCGAGCGCAAUAAGCGCAAAUACGUCACCGUCGUCUCCGGCCUGGAGGCCCACGGGCUCGACAUCAAGAAGAUCUCGAAGGAGCUAGGCAAAAAGUUUGCAACGGGGAGUUCAGUGACGAAGGCUGUUUCGGGCAUCGCGGCGACGGCACAGGGCGGCUCGGGGGAGGAGAUUACGGUGCAGGGGGAUGUUAGUGAGGAGAUUUUGGAGUGGUUGGUGGGAAAUUAUGCGGCCAAGGUGCCGGAGGAUAAUGUGGAGCUUGUGGAGGAUAGGAAGAAGAAGGCUGGGGCGGGUGGGUGAGCGGGUGGGUGGUUGAGUGGUUUGGGGGAUUGGUGUUUGUUUGAUUGACUUUUGUUUUUGCUCUCAGCUUUCCUUUCCUCCUCUAGAUGGGAGACGGGGGAAUUUUGGGUUUGAUGGAUAUCUGAAUAUCGGGAUAAUGACUCUUCAUGACGGGAAUUAAAGACGCUGGUUUGGGCUGCUUCUGUUUUUCACAUUGACGGGAAUAACUAGUUUGCAACAUAUGGACGAUGACGCCUGUUUUCCCUUAGUAUUAUUUUAUAUAAGAAAAUAAACUACAUUUGAAAAAUAUA